UUCAUUUGGAAUGCGGAAUAUUAUCGCAUUGGCGUCCGGUCAGUGACAGCCGUUUCCACAUAUUUGUUUAUAUUUCCGAACGGUGAACAGAGUCAGUCCCGGUUGUUUGGAAAGCUGGUUGGUACAGUAUCACGUCUGCCGAUACAGGAACGGUAUAUAUGAUUCAGGUUUAUUUAUCAGGAAAAGCACUUUCAAAUCAUGCAAAGCUCUUUCCCUUUUCCUUUCCACAUAAAAUACCCAUCCUCAUAAACCCGUUAAUUCCACAAGAUCAACAGCGCUAACAGAAAUUGAAAGCAUUCAUCUCAGUGUCCUGAUCUGGUCGUCAUGACUUUAAUUUUUAAAAAACUGAAAUUGUUUGAGACACAAGAAAGCAAAGUACUGUAUCUCUCGGCUCUCAUUGCUGAUGGUCCCCUUCGAGAAGUUUUGAAAUUCUGCAUUUUUUCGCUAUCUAAAGUAACGCGUGCACAACGGCGCGCUGAUGACGUGUCACAAUUUCCGUUUGGUAAUUAUGACGCACUCACCCAGAAGUUUGAAUUAAUUUAAUUUUGUAGAAAUUGUGUUCUGGAACAGACGAUCCAUAUCUGUUGUCUAUCUUUUAUGUUUGAGUAAAUCCCAUAUCUCAACGACUGCAUUGCGCGCUAAAAUUUUAUUUCACGUCUCUACUCUUUGUUCACCGUCGACAAAGGUAAACUUUCUCUCGUCUUCGACAAUUUGAAGAAGGAGUUUCGAUUGGUGUCUUCCUUGCCGAAAAAAAAAACUCGAUUAACCCUUUCACUCCCAAGAUCUGAUUGUUAAUUCUCCCCUCUAGCUGCUACACAUUUUCUUGUAAAUUAAUUACAAGAAUUUGGUGUCAGAUCAAGAUAACAUCUAUAAGUCUUAGUAUUCUCAUUUCCUGUUUGUCGGAUAAAGUAUUGACAUCAUGGGGAGGAGUUACAUAUUAAACACUUCUAGCAGAUAAAAGGCUAAGACGGCCCAUAUACAAUACACUCGUGUUAUAUUAGUGUUCGCCAAAUAAAAGAGAAGGUAAGACUUAACCCUAUGGAAUGCCAACACUGUCUCAUGUGAUUGUAAAUAUAUUUAAAUCAUAUAUAUGCAUUGCGGUAGAAGAAACGAAUAUAAGCGAUCCUCGCAGUUAUGAACACUACUGAACUAGUAGUUGAAAUAAGUAUACGUAAUCACAUGAUUUCGAGUGCAAUUUAAGUAAAUUUUUCCAGACUAACAAAAUUGCACGAGCCCGUGGGGCGAGUGCAAUUUGUGGUCUUUGAAAAAAAUUAACAAGUGCUCAUUUAUUCCAAAUUGCACAAGAAAAAUCAUGUCAUUACGUAUUAAUAGCAUUCAUGAAAAAAUACGAGAUAGCUUAUCAUAGAAGCAAAGCACGCGCAUGCAUCAAAUGGAAAAAUAAUUUAUUCAAAUUUGUGCGUUCCGUGUACGAUCAAAACAAUAAUAUACAAUGAUAUUUUCACAUCUUUAAGGCGCAAAAAAGUUCAAAGUCUGGCUAAACAGUUUAAGGAAUUGUUCAGUCUGUGUCCGAGUCACCUUCGAUGAAAUGGGAUGGUCGUUUGCGAGGUUGAACCAUGUUUGUUUUUAACUUCGGCGUAGAAUUGCUCGAGCAAAGUGUUAAGCUGAUUAAGCUCGUAAUUUUCGAUUUCCUUGGCAAUUCCCUUCUCUAAACAACACUUUUUCCAAACCGAAAACCAAAAUUCAGUUCUUUUUACAGUGUUUUCGUUGUUAGAGCUGCAUCGUUGUUGCGGUGGCAAAAGAAAACCUACUUAAAACACCCGCCAUUGUUUCGCUCGCAAAUUUUUAGUGUAUCCAAAUGUUGCGACAUCCAAGGUUCGCAUUUCACUGGCUAUCUGUGAGUUUCUUUGAUUAUUGACCAAUCAGAAUGUCUGGUUUGUUACUUCUUUGCACGGAACUAACCCUCUUCUGCAUUGGAUUACCUGAAAACUGCAUUUAUCUUAACCAGUCAGAACUGAGUAAUUUUUUCAUGUAUACUAUAAAGCCUGAAAAAAAAAAAUUCAGGCUCGUAAGGGCCUGAAGGUGAUUUCCCAUCAUUAUAUGCGGUGCAUUUUUCAUUAUAUGCGGUGCAUUUGGCAUCAAAUGCGGUGCUUUUUGAAUUGUAUGCGGUGAAGUUUCCAUCAUAAGCGUUACAUUACAUGCAAUGCUUUGUCCAAUAUAUGUGGUGCUUUUUACAUUACAUGCGAUGCUUUUGUCAUUGUAUGCUCUGGUCAGUAUGUGACGCACUUUUUAUAUUUACUUAUAGAGCGGUUUUCAUUUGAGUGUCGAAAAGUAAUUGGUUUUGCACUUUCUACACGAUGCGAUUGGCUUAAAAGAUUCGCGCCACCUUUUCAUCCAAUCAGAAGUAAAACCAAAGCCAAUUGUGACGNAUGUGACGCACUUUUUAUAUUUACUUAUAUUUACUUAAUAUUUAUAUUUAUGUACUUUUUAUAUGAGGUACUAUUUAUAUUUAUAUUGUAUGUGGUGCAGCAACAUAGUUCGUGCACAUUUCUCUGAGUCGAAUACGGUCACGAAUUGUGUUCACUCCUAGGCCGGCCAAAUCGCUAUCUUUCAUAGAUAAUGCCACUCCUGGGUUUAUCCUUUCAUUAGAAAAACUCUCUGAGAGGGUUCCCGAGCUCAACUGGUUUAAAAUUGAAUCCAUGAUGUCCGUUCGAGCCCUGGAAACAAAACGGCGGAUCCUCGGCACCAAUUGCAUUGUAGGUUUUUAUAAGCUCUUACCCAGUUCCCCGUCGAAUCUCGACCUCAUCCACAAUAUGAAGAAAGUACCGCAUAUAAUGACAAAAGCACCGCAUAUAAUAUAACAAGUACCUCAUAUAAUGACCAAAGUACCACAUAUAAUGACGAAAGCACCACAAAUAAUAACGAAAGCACUGCAUAUAACGACAAAAGGACCGCGGAUAAUGUAAAAAGCACCACAUAUGUUGGACAAAGCACUGCAUAUAAUGAAAACUUCACCGCAUAUAAUGCAAAAUGCACCGCACAUAAUGAACAAUGUACCGCAUAUAAUGAUGGGAAAUCACUUAAGACAGUGUUAGCGUUCCAUAUAACCCAAAGCAAUAUUUGGCAUCGUACGAAUUUGGACUUGAUACAAAUAGGUACAGGUGUACUUCGUUUUGUGAAAUUUAACCCCAAAAGAACAAUAUUUUUGAUGAGCCAUACGUAAAUCAGUCAACUGCAAAUCUGUUAAGGAGGGAGGAGAUUUUUUUCUAAAAAUACGAAGGGGAAAGGAAAGUGUUAUGCGUAGAUCCUACAAGUUUGGAUCUAAAAACUGGUACGGUUCUGUUAAUGUUUGGAACUAAAAAUAACUUAUACAGAAUCGAUCCUCGCAGUUAUGAACACUACUGAACUAGUAGAUGAAAUUUAUUUCAACUACAAGUUCAGUAGUGUUCAUAACUGCGAGGAUCGACUCUAUAUUCGUUUCUUCAACCGCAGUGUACACAUAUGAUUUUCAUAUGUUUGUAUGUUUUCAUAUGUUUGUUUAUUAAAAAUAACUUUGUAAACUUUCAGACAACAUGACAUCUAAAAAAACUGGUUUGGCUUUUUCUGGUGGUGGCAUUCGGUCAGCAGCAUUAUGCUCUGGAGUCCUGCGCAGGCUGCUAAAGGAUAAAGCAAAAGUAGACUACCUGAGCUGCGUGUCAGGGGGUGGUUACACAGGCACAUCCUUUCUGGAUUGGAAAUACAGAAAAGAGAAGAAAACAGUGGACAGCGAAGAAUGGCAUGAAGAGUUCUUUGACAACAUGCGACAAAGAGCAGGUUACUUUUGUAACUGGGAGAAGCCACGUCAAGGAAUCGUUGAUACAAUUGUAAUGUUCCUCCUCGUACUGACUGUCACCUUCAUUGAACCGAUUGUCAUAUAUGGAUCAUACGCAUUUCCACUUGCCUUCAUCAUCGAUUACCUUUUCGGAAAGUUACUUCGAGCCAAAGUGGAUUGUGACCAGUUUGCACCAACCCGUACUCCAUGUCCAGAAAACGUAGUUUUCUCUAAGAUUUCCCUGUUUACGGUUCUGGUCAUGUCAUUUGUCAUCUCCUACAUUCUGUCGCAAUGGUUAUCUAGGAGGAAGUCUAAAAAUUUCAGACUUUUCACAAUAAUUUCCUUCUUACUUCUUUCUCUUACUUUCCUCCCAUUUGCAAUCAACGAUUUUUUCAUUAAAAUCCCCCUGUGGAGUCGGGCGAUCAUUGUAGUAAUUGGUGUGGUACUAUGGUUCGUCCUACCUCUGUUGCGGGACAAAACGUCCUACGGCAUUCUAAUCUAUCUCUACUCUUACAUCAUCUACUGGAAAGUGUACAAAGCCAAGGUUGUUGGUGUUGUGUAUUCUGAUGGGCUGUUUAAUGGGCUGCUUUUUGCCUCUGGGUUUAUCAUGUGGUUUGUUCCCUACCUGGCACAAUCAAGGAAGAGGCUCGUCCAUAUCUUCAACAGGUAAGACUCAAAAAGGUAAUGUUUAUCCGCAGAAAAGAAAGGUAGGGUCGGUACUGCGGCCAAGUGGUCCUCCCAGCCGAAGCUUACCCGGCUAUCUUGGCAUAACUAGAAGUAUUACUAACCCUCCUCUCCCCCCCUCCCCCCCUCAAGAAUUUCAUCAAGCUUCCUUGACAGUUCGUUGAUACCAAUUUUUACUCCGGUGUGGAGAGAGGAACCGUAAGCGUUCAGUGUUUUGCCCAAGAACACACCACACUGACCAGGCCAGGUCUCGAACCUAGACCUCUCGAUCUCCAGAAGUUUAGCGCACUAACAAUUAGGCAACCGCGUAUACCUUAUCCGCAGAAUGAUUACUUACUUAAUCACUUUUAACUCUACCCCUUUGCAGAUGGAGACUUCAGAAGGCAUUUUACUCAAAGGAAAAUUUAGCUACCAAGGGAUGUCUGGAAAUACUCCAGGAGAUUUUCUGCCCUUUGUGGACAUGUCUGAAGAGAAAACAGAAGCGGGAUUCUGGUCACAGAGAACAGAGAGGUAGCUUUAAUUCUUUGGCGGAUGACAUUGAGCCAGUAAAGAAAAGAUCUUUGAACCUGGCAGAUCUCAGAGGCCUAGAGCCUGAAUAUAUAUCAAACAUCACCAUCCACAGCUGGAAGGAAGAGGCAGAUUCUGACACGGAUGAUGAUCUCCUGACAAUGUCGCCUACCACAAUAGAGCGCUUAGAUCGAGGUCCAUCGACUGUCGAUCCAUUCAAGGAUAGGCUGAGGCCUCGAGAUAUAGAGUUGUCAGACGCCAUGGCAACGUCUGCAGCAGCAAUUUCCGGGUACGGUGAUAACCUUCAGGAAUUGCGCGUUGCCACGAUUCUUGGACUCGAAAUGGGAGCCACAGUGAUCAGCAACCUCGAGGCAAUUAAAAAGGAGGGAUGGCUCAUGAAGGUAAGAGGUUGCUCAACCAGGGAUCAGAAAAGUUACAUCUUACAAUAACUACUGAAGGACUGCUGAGAGUUAUGGUCUUCUCAGGGAGUUUCUUUCUAAGCAUGAUAUUCGUUUGGAUUCCUGUAUGGUACGAAACGCAUGGAGUCACGUCAACUCUAGUCGACGAGACUGCCUUCUCCUCCCCCUUCGAAUCCCCCCUCCGUUCUAAAAAUACCUUAGUGUCCCAAAAGUCCCCCUUGACACCUCUCAUCGGUCGUUGCCAACUGAUUAUAAAGGACAAACAUUGCCUGUCAGAGAAUGUUACAGAGCCUUAUGGGAAGAUCUGGUAAACGUUAUUGUGAUACUACCAAAAUCUACCAACCCCUGAUAAAUAAUGACUGAUCCCUAAGCAUGAUAUUUCCUCGGCAAGUACAUAUCAUGUUUAAACAGAGUAACAGUAAGGUAACCUCCUUGACUCUGUCAUUAAUUAAUGCUUUAGGCUUGCAUGUAUCUUUUUCUCUCUACAACAGCUCCUCCCAAUUCUCAUCAACAUUCUCCGUGGUCUUCCAUUGAUCGCUGUACCAGCGGUUUACUAUAGCGGAGGACAUGUGUGGUCAAUUAAAGCGGGAGUAUUCACAUUCUUUGCAAUUCACUUCAUGUUGGCUUGUAUUGGAGCUCUCGCUGAUACAGGAGCUCCGAACCCAAACUUAUGGGGGAAGAUAGCCAGGUAAGGAUUGUAUAAAUAUGAGCACCUUACGAUGGUGUGGAUAGACCCACAUCAAAAUACUCAAAAAUGCCAAUCUGAACAAUGGGAAAUAUCCGGAGGAGCACGGGAGAGCUCGUGGUAAAUUGCUCAAUGCAAUCAGCCUCAAGGGCAGGAAAAAUGAGCAGGACAACAUUGGUCUUCCUAGCUGUUUGGUUCAGAAGGUGGUCCAGGGUAUUGAGUAAAACCAAAGAAAUUCUUGUAUUCCUUUGGAACUCCACUGGAGUCACUCUAAAUGAUAAGAUGAAGAAACCCAAAACGUCCAUUCCUCAAUUAUGGUGACCAGGUUAAUCCUGAUCAGAAGUUAAUUGAAAUGAAAGCUUUCUGUAAUUAUAUAUAAAAUAUAUGAUCAUUGUGUUUACUUUGUAAAUCUUCACACGACUUGAGCCCACUCGAAUCACGGAGAGUGGUAAAAUUCUCGGUCACUCACAGUUUGGAAAAGACCAUUUUUCAGAUAAACUGUCCUUCUUUAUAUGUAUAUAUUUGGCUCUGACGAUGAGCUAACGCUCGAACCGAAGAAUCUCUUUAUGGUGGCCCAUUUACAUUAUCAACUCAGUUGACAAAACCAAAUCAUCUUGUAAUACCCACCACCGAUGCAGCAUCACAGUUUCUUUGGAAAAUUACCCCCUUUAAACAAAUAUAUAUUAUGUUUUUAACCUAGGUGGUUCAUCGUGCACGUUUCCUUUGUGAAGUUCGUGAGAGAAGGCCUUAACAUUGACAGCAUCGGACCCAUGCCUCCUCCCGUCAUGCUACUUAGCGAUGGAGGCCACGUGGAAAAUCUUGCCAUUUUGCCAUUGUUAAAGAAGAAACUCAAGAAAAUUAUUGUGGUGGAUGGCAGUUGCUAUUCCAAUGAGAAGACUUAUGGAGAAGAACUACUGAAAGCACUGAUGCUGGCUCGUAGAGACCUGAACUGUUCAUUUAUUGGCCAGGGCGGUCGUGACGUCAUUUCAGACCUGUUGGAGAAUUUCGUGAAGCUUCAGCAACCAGAUGAAAGAAAACCCCGACAUUUCAGGUACGUGUCUAUGAUCCUUUCCGUAAUUUACUACCACCUCUUCUUUGUCGUCAAGCGCCGCUUUAAACAAGACACCUGACAAGACUACCGACACCUGAUUACACUCAAUCAGGGAAAGCACUGGUUUUUCGAGUGGGAGGUGGGAAUAAGGGGAAGUACGACCUUGAGUUGGCGCAAGAGAAAAAUGAGGUCCCAUUUUUUUCUUUUGAUUUGGGAUAGCGAGUCUAUUCUUGGUUAUCGGAUCCAUGCCAAGGUUUGUGUAUCGUGUGAAGCUUGGACCGAGUUCACCAUUUGCAGUUAUCUUCAGCUAAUCUUUUUUCCUUCUUGGUGUAUCACUGCCUGUUUUAUAGUUUUGUAUCUUGUCAAAGUACUACAUCGUUUUCUCUUUUAAGAUGAAAGACGUUCUACACCACAUAAAUUAAAUGGCAUAAAUUCAAUGUAAGCUAGAGGCUCUUAAAAUUCAAACAUGCUUAUAAUCUCUUGCUUCAAAACAAUAAUUUUUAAUCUAUUGUUUCUUUUUUUUCGCUAGAUUUAACGUUGAAUACUACGAAAACGACCACAAAGUUGGUGAAGGCGAAAUUUUGCUCAUUCGGCCAAGAGAUCCGCGAAAAGGUUAAAAGAGCGAGGUCAAAACCUGGGAAGAGUUUGGUUUCCAUCUGGACGCACGUGACUGGGGGAAUAGUCCAUUUCUGAACGAAGAAGACGUCGGCAAGUUGACCUUCUGUUGUUGUGCAUGUUGUAACAAAAAGUCCUAUUUGAGCGGUUUGUCUGAGCUCCUCUGCCACAAGUUCCCGAAUCAUAGUACAGCUAAUCAAUUCUUCACGCCUUUAAUGUUCUCCGCCUAUCAUCGUGAAGGCUUCCGAGCAUGCGUCGAAGCGGAAGCUGCUGAAUUUCUCAAGGAUAACCACGAUGUCCUUGAGGUGUGACUAUUACUCAUCUGAGUGUGAGUGUAUGUGGCUAACCCCUUAAUAACCAAACAUGUACGCAAAAAAAAGUUUGGCUUGUCUGUUGAGUACUGAUUGAUUAGGAAUAUUGGAAAUCGUUCCAUAGCAAAUAGAGCUGACUUGUUCAGACAGCAGAAAGAUUUCUUCAUUUCUAUUUUUAUCACUAUGUGG